AUGUUGUUUGAGCUAUUCGACGCAUUGACGGUGGAUGAACAGGAGCGCGGGAGUAUGGUGAUGGCGUUGCGGAUUUUGUUGGCGACUAUUCCUGGCAUUUUCGCGCUGUUUGCUUUGGUCGGUUUGGGAGUGAGGAGCCCUGUGUUGGCGCGGGCUGGUGCGUUUGCGGUUUGGCCCGUGGUGUUGGCGAUAUUCUUGAGUCUGGGUGUGCGUUGGUGGUCGUUAUUAUCGCGAAAUGUGACGAGCAGUCUGGUGGAAGAGCACGACCGACAUGCGGAGUGGAAGCCGAGUGACGCGGAAUGGAAUCGGUUGUGGGUGUUGACUUUGGUGGACACGUUGUCCGUGCUUGCGCUUGUCUACGUCUCGGCCCUGUUCAAACGCAUCGCUCAUCUCUACCGCCGCGGAGGCGACCCGUGGCAUGUUCGCCAACCCGCAAUCGCGAACCCGGAGAGCACGACACCGGAGGGGGCCACCCACGACCUUGAGGGACGCCGCAUAAUCGUCGAAGAUUCCUACGGCCCCGACCCGGCCCCCGUGGUGGUUGCGCCGAUCGUCGCCGGCACCGACCAGAUUGUGGAACCCGUUUUUCACCAGAGCUGA